AAGCUGAAUGAUGACAGGGAGCAGGUGAUUAAGAAGAGGAAAAAGAAGGAGGUGAACAAUGUGGAAGAGAAGAAUCUGAAGAAAAACAGAGUACCUAAACAAGGAAUGACGGCACUCAACCUCCACCGGCCAGAGAAGAAGAAGAGAAAAAAGCUGAUGAAGGACUCGCUAUAUCUGGCGGCCAUGCUGCGCCGCUUCACCCGGGAAAAGGAGGAGAUGAAGAAAAGAAUCCCCAGCAUGGCCCACCCAGGCCUGGCAGGAGGCGUGGCUAUCAAGUCCCACUCGGCCAACUCUACGAACCACCUAUUAGCCUCUAACUCCACUCAUCCACAGGGCACCACAGCUAGCAGCGACCUCUCACUGACAGACCUCACCUCGGAUCCAGCUGUGAUAUCACUGCUGGGUUCAGCCAAUGAGAAGGAGCUGCAGGAUCUCCUAGGCGACCUGGACUUCAGCUUGUUGGACACUGAUCAGCAGCACGCCAUGGUGACAGCAAGAGAAAAUGGUAUUCUGGGAGUCGGUGUUCCGGCUCAUAAAGCAGCAGGAGGAGGUGGCCAAGGGCGAGGCCUGGGGUCUUCGAGUGGACUGUUUUCUCCACCCCUGCUGCCUGAUGGGCUGCCUGCUCCUCUUAUUAAACGCAUCGAGGACCUUCGUGCG